AUGGAACUUGACAAACACAAAAUUGACAUAUUAUGUGCAUUGUCGGAAACUAAGAAAAAAGGCAAGGGAAACACGGACUACCAGAACUACAUACUGUUCUACAGUGGAGCGGAAAAAGAUCAGAGAGCGAAGGCCGGAGUGGGAAUAUUGGUACAUAGGAAAUUCAAGGAUAACAUUGUGGACGCCCGAUAUCUAAACAGUCACAUAAUGUAUGUCACCUUAAAACUUGGAAUAGAAGUGUUAUACAUGAUCAGUGUCUAUUGUCCAGAUAUAAACAAGCCUAAGGCAGAGAGAAGCUGUUUCUUUGAGGAACUACAGGAAGUGUUAGAUAGCUUACCAAAAAAAUCGAAAGUCUUCAUUAUAGGUGAUCUGAACUCCAGAAUAGGAAAUACGAUUAUCCCUGGCGUUAUGCAAAGAUUCAACGAAGACGUUCUAAAUGAUAACGGAGAGAUGCUGAUAACAACAUGUGCAGAAAACGAACUUCGCAUCAAUAAUACAUUCUUCCAACCCAAGCAGAGCCAAAAAUUCACCUUUGACAAUACAAGGAACCAAAACUCUUCCAUUGAUUUCAUAAUCUCUAAUCGAGAGGUUCAUCCGAGCCAAAUCUUUGAUAUACGAACACUGACAUCAGCUAAUACUGAAGGCAAGCUGAUAGCAGAACCUGUAGAGGAUGAAGAGAACGUAGAUAAAGUCUGGGACGAAAUCAGGACUAGUAUAAUCGAAAGCGCAAAGGAAGCAAUUGGAGUUCGGAGAGUUAACCUAAACGGAAGAAAGCAGACUAAACCAUGGUUUACGAAUGACAUCAAGAUCCUGGCGAAGCAAAAGAAAAAAGCAUUUCUUCGUUAUAUAAACGCAAAGACAAGAGAAGCAUAUGAUGAGUACAAGCUGGUCAGGAACAGAGUAAAUGGUAGCAUAAAAGAUCUAAAGAAAGAAUACUGGGAACAUUUUUCAAGUGAAAUGGAAAACGACCUAUAUGGAGGGCAGAAGAAGAUCUGGAAAGUAUUGAGGAAAUGCAAACGAGAUAUUAAUGGGGACAUUCAGGUGAACAAUAUCAGGCCGGAACAAUGGAAAGAGUUUAUAGCAGGUCUUUCAAAAAAAGAGUGA